UCAUCAUUCGUAUCGUGAACAACAAGAAAACAACCCUUAUUUGUCUGUCACUGUUAUCGAUUCCUCCUCCCUCCACCUUUUAUCUUCUUCUUCUUCUUCAUAUUCCUUCUCUCACUACUCCUCACUCAUCAUCAUUCAAUCUUUCUUCCACCACUCGAAAAAAGCAGAAGCAUCACUGCUAGGACUAGUUACUUUCUUCUUCUCAUUAUAUCCUUUUAAGACGAAGUUCCUGCGAUCACUCUAGAUUUUUUAUCAAGUGUUUUUGCUUCUCCUCGGAAACUCGUCAACAAUCUCACUCGAUGUACUUGCUGAACAGAUUUUGGUUUGGUAGUGCCACAAAGGCAACAGAGAAUAUGGAUUCAUCCAUUGCUCAAGGACCAGACCAUGACAGACCUGCACUAGGUCAAGAGUUUGCCCAGUUUGGUGCCGGCUGUUUUUGGAGUGUUGAGCUUUCCUUCCAGAGAGUGGCUGGGGUGACCAAGACCGAGGUUGGUUAUAGCCAGGGACUUUUGCAUAAUCCUAGCUACUCGGAUGUGUGUUCAGGGACCACAAGACACUCGGAGGUUGUCAGAGUCCAGUAUGAUCCUAAAGAAUGUAGCUAUGAGUCUCUACUUGAUGCAUUCUGGGCUAGACACGAUCCUACCACACUGAAUCGACAGGGGAAUGAUGUGGGAACACAAUACAGAUCUGGAAUAUACUAUUACACCCCUGAACAAGAGGAAGCAGCGCGAGAAUCAUUGGAACAACAACAAAAAAAGUUAAACAGGAAGAUCGUUACUGAGAUCCUUCCUGCUAAAAACUUCUACAAGGCAGAAGAGUAUCAUCAACAGUAUCUUGAGAAAGGCGGUAGAUUUGGUUACAAGCAAUCUUCUUCCAAGGGAUGCAAUGAUCCAAUUCGAUGCUACGGUUAAUUAAUAUGCUCAUCGCCACCAACUAGUUUAGAUGUUGGAAGGAUAUAGUCUUAUAGAUAAGUAUUUAUUAAUAAAACUAAGUUUCACACUACAUACUCUAUUGUAUUUUUGGGUUGUUGAAGUUUUUUAUCAAAUGAGCCAUGUAGUUGGUGUUUUCUAUGUACAGUUUUAUAAUGAAGUGCUCUAUAAUAUACCUUUAAUUAGUGCCACUUUGAGUUAUGAUAACAAUUAUAUAAUUUAGAGAUAUUUUUCUAA